AUGGCGACAGUCCGCCAGAGCGCUGCCAACCAUGCGUCUCAAAUCAGUCCGUACUGUGCCAAUCUCGCUUGCGUACCCGCCCAACCUGUUGCUGGGCUUGUUGCCGUUCCCCGAGAGGAACCCACGCUGCCUGGGGAAAUUCAGCCGCUCUCGCGUCCCCUGAGCCCCACACCAACUGCCGUCAUUGACCCUGGAAGCCCCGCUCUCCCUCGAUCUCUACCAGCCGACUCGACCUAUAUAUUACCAGAUGGCCAGAUGGCCUACCUGUGA